GCCAGCGACACUUGGAACACGCUUUCCACGAACUGGUAGCUCAGGCCAGCCGAAAGGCACGCAGCACAGAGUCAGAGACCACCGCGAUGGCGUCGAGGCAGAACACCCGUGAGGCGCGCGCCGAGGCCGAGGCGCGGCGCGCCGUUGAGGAGCUGGCGCGGGCGCGGGACGAGCACCUGGUGCAGGCCGAGGUGAACGCCCGCUCGGCGGCCGACGAGAUCGCGCGCUCCCGCGCCGACCGCGGCGUCGCCGGUGCGGGGGCUGCCGGCGGUGGCAUCCUGGGGAGCGUGCAGGAGGGUGCCAAGUCCUUCGUUAGCGCCGUGGGCCGCACCUUCGGCGGUGCCAAGGACGCGGCCGCCGACAAGACCGCCGACAAGGCCCGGGAGACCAACGAGAGCCUGGCUCGCAAGACGAGCGAGACGGCGGAGGCGACCCGGAACAAGGUGGGGGAGUACAAGGACGCCGCCGUGGAGAGGGCGCGGGAGACCAAGGACGCCGCCACGGAGAGGGCGCGGGAGACCAAGGACGCCGCCACGGAGAGGGCGCGGGAGACCAAGGACGCCGCCACGGAGAGGGCGCGGGAGACCAAGGACGCGGUGGCGCAGAAGACGAGCGAGACCGCGGAGGCCACCAAGAACAAGCUCGGGGAGUACAAGGACGCGGCGGCCGGGAAGGCGCGGGAGGCCGUGGACACCACCGCCGAAAAGGCGAGGGAGGCCAAGGACGUCACCAAGCAGAAGGCCGGCGAGUACGCCGACGCCACCCGCGGGACCGCGCAGGAGGCCAGGGACAGGUCCUGGGCCACCGCGCAGACCGCCGCCGACAGGACCAGGGAGACGGCCGCCGGCGCCCACGACGCCGACAAAGGACCAGGUCUGCUGGGCGCGCUCGGGAACGUGACGGGCGCGAUCAAGGAUAAGCUGACGAUGGGCGGCGGCCACGGAGCCGCGGGACAGCACGACGUCCGGCUGGGCGGCGACGACGAGCGCGCGGCGAAGGAGCGCGCCGCGGAGAAGGCGGCGUCGGUGUACUUCGAGGAGAAGGACCGGGCGCUCCGGGAGCUCGCGGCGGAGCGGGUGGACCGGUGCGUGGACAAGUGCGUGGAGGGAUGCGCCGGAUCGACCUGCGCGCACCGCGCACGGCAAGAUGUGAGAAGCGCGCGGACGUGGCGCGCGACGGCCGCCGCCGUCCGGCCGUCCCUGCAUGGGCAAAAAUAAUAGAACUGUUGCUAGUAGUAGUGUGGUCUAGGCCCUGUUUGGUUUCAAUAGCACAAAUAGCGCACACGAUUUCCGAGAAAAGAAUCUCAUAUGC